UUUAAAGUCUGUUACGCAUAUUUUGAACGUUGUCGAUACCUGCAAGGUCAACUAUGCCAAAGUACUAUUGUGACUACUGUGAUACCUACUUAACUCAUGAUUCUCCAUCCGUGAGAAAAACGCAUUGUGGUGGUAGGAAUCACAAGGAUAAUGUAAAGGAAUAUUAUCAAAAAUGGCUGGAAGAACAAGUCCAAAGAUUAGUCGAUCACACAUCUGAAGCAUACAAGCAGGGUAAAAUGCCUCCACCACUAUUUGGCGCGGCAGCGGGGAUACCACCUCCUGGACUUGGUUAUCCCCCUCGUUAUCCUCCUAUGAUCGGUGUUCCAACUGGCUUCAGACCACCACACCCACUAGUUCCUCCACAGGGCAUGAUAAUUCCACCCAGACCACAGAUCCCAUGGCCUCAGCCAGGAGUUGCAGUCCCACCGACAUACACUGUACCACCUCAGUGACAUGAUGAAAUGACGAUCGUUUUCAAUAUGUCACUAUGUACAACCAUUAUGUAAUCGUUUAAAAGUCGAUUAUUUUUUGAAAACGAUAUUUUUCUGAACAGUUUUUUUAAACGUAUAUUUCCCACCAUAUUAUACUAGAAGUUUCGGGUUUUCUGUGAUUUGCAUUCAUCAAGGAAUUCUUUCUGUAUCCAUUCUAAAAAGAUUCAUCAUGUUGUUGCAACCCAUCCGUUUUACAUUUUAGAGAGGGAACUUCCACCUUUCCUUUGAAAUUUAGACUUUUUUACCCAUGAUAACAUAGAUUUUUAAACACUCCC